CAGAGGUCGUUAAAAGCGCCAGAAGCCAGAGGAUGGUUAGUUCGAGUCUUGAAUGAGUGUAGAGCGCUGAAAGGACACGGUUGGACUAUUAAUAAAGGGAAGAUUGUAUUGGAUAAAAUCACUGGAAACAUGAAGUCUCCAAAGCUGAAGAGCCAAGCAAAAUUUGUCAGUGAGGAGGAUCUUGACGACGUCCUCGGUGAGUUUGACGCUGUCAUUGAAGAUUUUACGUCGCCUAUUGAGAAGCGUCACUUCAGGUAUGAUGAGCACCUGAAGACCAUGAAGAGAAGGAGCAGCGCGAGUGUCAGUGACAGUGGCAUCAGUGACUCAGAAAGUGCAGAAUCGCUCAACAGAAACAGUUUCAGCUUCAGUGACGAGAGGCUCAACUCACCCACGGGGCUCCCCUCCAACCCCACCUCACCCACCCUUAUGUCACCAAAACCUAAACUUGGAGACACUAAAGAGCUGGAGGACUUCAUUGCUGAUCUGGACAGGACAUUAGAAAGCAUGUGACACUGUGAGCCGUGAGGGACGAGGAAGUGGACGUCUGUACCCUGGCUAUAGCACACAUCUGGAACCCACCCAACAGGAAACAGCUGGAUGGCACGGCAACUGCCAACGGACAGGGACUGUGUGAAGAGUUUAGCUGGUAUUUUCCUUGACUUAGUCCUCUGCACACGGCAGACCACCUGAGGAGAGAGGGCAGAAGAUGGCUCUAAAUUAGCACGGUAGAAACAACAUGGACAAUGUGUGAGGGUUUGGACUCCUUCAACUGGAAAAGACUUGGACUUAAUAAAAGAGUCACUGGAUCCUUUAUUGUUAGAAGACAUACACUUCCUCAUCCAAAACUUGACCUGGAAGAUUAUUUAAUAUGGCUUUUAUAUUAGAAAUAUAUUUGUAAUUUUAUAGUGCUACACAUUUGUAAAUUUAUCUGUCUUUUUGUGAAAUAUAUUUUUGUAUCUUGUGUAAAUAAUAGUUGUCUCAGAUUCUAUUUGCCUUGGCAUUAACAUAAGUCCUUAAGUCACAUUUAAGUCUAUUUGAUCUGUGAUCUUAUAUUACUCUGGAAAUAACUGGAAUGCAAAUGUAUUUAAUACAGAUAAUGUCUACCAGAGUUAUUAUUAAAAUAAUAUAAAAAUG